AUGUCCAGUCACUUUCUCCUUAUUGUCCUCGUGGCUUCCAUCCUUCAUGUGGCAUAUGCUACAGCAGCAGCAACUUCGGCGAACUUGACAGCAGAUGCGGCUGCGACGGCGUACGACAUUCUAGAGAAGAACAACUUACCGCGUGGCCUUCUCCCAAAGGGUGUGCAGUCAUACAAUCUCAGCCCAGACGGUAAAUUUGAGGUAACCCUUCCUGGCGAGUGCGACUUCCCCGUCACCUUCGGUGGCCAAGAUUUCAAGUUUCGUUUUGCAAGCACAGUCGGCGGCGUCAUCCAAGCUGGAUCCAUCCAUGAGGUGUAUGGCGUGAGGGUGCAGAUCAAGUUUGGGUGGCUUGGGUUAAGACAAGUCGAUCGUGCUGGUGACCAGCUGACGCUCCAGGUGGAGCAGUUCACGCAAACAUUUCCAACUAGCACCUUUGCCGUGAGCCCAUCCUGCAGCUAA